GUGACAACUUUGUCCAUCGUUGACUGCCCGGUUGCUUAUGAUAACUUUUGUCGGGGUGUGGUGGCAACAUCUAGCGCCAGAACAGUAAUAAUUCCCUCGCCUGAUUGCUUGGAGGCAAACAGGCUAAGCCAAUAUGCCAAACACGUAGCUCAGCAAGUCAGUGCUGCUAAUUGCAAUCCUGGUCCUAAUGGUGACGCAAACGGAGUCCAAUCUGCCUUGCUCCAGCCAAUGCCUAUGAGAAGAGGCAAAGCUCCACCAGAGGCAACUAAAUUUUCUAAUUUUGUGAAUGCUUUAUUUCCAUAA